AUAUAUUCCCAAGAAUGGACUUUCUUUUCCCAAUCCAAACACAACAAAAGAUCUUUUUCCCUAUAACAUCUAUUAGUUGAAUUUGUAGGUGCAACAUGGCUUCUUUCAAGAAUUUCCUGUUUGUUUUCGUCAUUGCUUUGGCAUUUUCAGCCAUAGACGUUGGACUAGCUGCUCGCAAUCUUCUGCAAAUGCCACCAUUGCCUUCUGUGCCAAAUUUGCCGAAGCCUGCAUUGCCACCAUUGCCAACUAUUCCAACUCUUCCACAACCUACAUUGCCAACCAUGCCAACGACCCAAUCUUCUCUGCCUAAACCAACACUCCCUCCACUUCCUAGUUUGCCUACCAUGCCUACUCUUCCAAAGGCCACUUUACCUCCAUUGCCAAGCAUGCCAUCAAUACCAACUACAAUUCCCUCUAUUCCUUUCCUAUCCCCACCACCAUCUGGGAACUAAAUAUCCUUCAUUUUGUUAUCUUCUUUACUUCAUGUUCUUUUGCAGAGUGCCGGACAUUGGACCGUAUUCACAUCUAUGUAUUAGUAUACUAGUGUAUUUUUCUUUGAUUUCAUUUGCAGUCACUCUCCUCAGUUAUUUGUGACACGUGUACCUUGUAUCGUUUACUUUCUUUUAAUUUGUUUUUUCUUUUUGUGUUUGUAUUUUUUUAUGAUUAAUACAAAUUUUGUUUUGCUCCAA